AUGUAUACUCAAUUCUUCUUCGAACUCAUUCAAUUUCUGGGGUCUGUCACCUCUCGGCCAAAUGCCGUAGGACAAGGCUACAGGCCAGCUGCGUUUCAAGGCCCUUCAACCCCUAAAAAUGUCAAUACUUUCUUUGCAUUAACUGCCGGGAUCAAUCGUCGGAAGGGUGACCUUCCAGGCAUAGCUCCGGCCAAUCCGCUUCAGAAGGGACACGAUUGGUACACCGAAUUAGAAGUGGAAGGACAGAAAUAUCCUGUCGUUAUAGACACAGGCAGUAGCGAUACAUGGAUCGUUAAACCCAACUUUACAUGUUUAGAUCAUGGUACCGGAGCACCAACUUCUCAAAGUGAAUGCUUGUUUGGUCCAGGGUAUGCCCCCGACUCAGGCUUCAAGCCGAUCCCGAGCCAACAUCUCAAUACUACAUAUGCAAGUGGGGAGAAUCUAAAAGGAACAUUUGGUUUCGUGGAUGUAACUUUGGGUGGGAUUUCUGUCAAUACUCAGAUUGCGACUGUUGAUACAGCUGCAUGGCUUGGUGAUGGAACCACGAGUGGCUUGUUGGGUCUUGCAUAUCCAUCUAUCACCGCGGCGUUCAAUGGCACCACUUUUGAAAAUGACAAUGCGGAAACUCAACUUCCAUAUGACCCUAUCUUCACGACCAUGCACAAAAAGCACCUUAUACCCCCAAUUUUCAGUCUCGCCUUGAGCAGGCCCUCAAAUCGCAUUAGCCACGGCAAUGGAUAUUUAGCCUUAGGCGGCUUGCCUCCCAUUGCCUCCUAUAGAGCUUGGGCUGUGGCGCCAAUUCAAAUCGUCGCCAUAGGGGAAGGUUACAUACAAGGAGCUCUUCCAUGGCCACAGCAUCAAGUCUACACACUCACACCAGACAAUUUCAUUUACCCUGGUAGUCAACGUCAAAAAUGGAAUCCCAAACACUGGUCCCCACUUUCCAUGCCCAGCAGCAGUUCUCAGGUCCAACUCUUCAUCGACUCAGGCACUACCCUUAUUUUCCUCCCCAACUCCAUCUCUUCCGCCCUUGCAGCACUAUACAAGCCACCUGCCGUUUACAAUGCAGAUCUACUCGCUUACUCUGUACCAUGUAAUGCUAAAGUGCCGUAUUUUGCUGUCGUUAUUAGUGGCGUGUCGUUUCCUGUCGAUCCAAGGGAUAUGGUACAGGAUGAUAACACGGGUACGGGAAACUGCGUGGCGGGCGUGAGUGACGGAGAUCCUUUUAACUUUUAUACGCUUGGAGAUGUGUUUUUGAAGAAUGUAGUGGUGGUUUUUGAUGUGGGGGCUUCCCAGUUGAAGUUUAGGAGUAGGGGUUUCUACUGA